AUGGGGGGUGGCAGUGGGGGUGGUGCCUGCAGAGCCUCCCAAGGGCCCUUGGGAGUCCUGGGGUACUGGGCCCGAGGCUCCUGCUACAGAGAAGUGCCACUCUGUUUUAAACUCUACAACUCCGUGGUAGGGGCGGUCAUAGGUCAUGGUGGAACAAAUAUAAAGGAAAUUCAGGAAUCAAUGGGUUCUACAAUUCAGAUAAUAAAGGGGGAUCUCGAAUCAGAAACCAGAAUAUAUGGCAACAAGGAGAACCAGAAAUCAGAUAAGUUAAUGAUAGAGGAAAUAGUACAAAAAAUUGAAAAUUUUUCUGAAGAGGACACAAAAACUGGAAACACUUUGAAAUCAUCUUGUAAUGAAAAUAGCCCAGAAAAAAAAGUGCCAGUGAUUGACUGGGAGGCUAUUAAAGAGGACCACCUCUACUACAUUAAAACAAAGUGGGACGGUCUUCCUCCAAUUAAGAAAGAUUUCUACAUAGAAUCUUCAAAGACAAAAUUAAUGUCACAAACACAAGUAGAUAAGUGGAGGGAAGAAAACAAUAAUAUAACAUCUGAUGACUUAAGAGAAAAUUAAAAACAUAUAAUUCCCAUUCCAGUAUGUACAUUUGAAGAUGCAUUUCAUCAGUAUCCUGAUGUUGUGGCUAAUAUAAAGAAAGUGGGCUUCACAAGACCUACACCUAUACAGUCACAAGCAUGGCCAAUAAUAUUAAAAGGAAUUGAUCUAAUUGGCAUCGCCCAAACUGGCACAGAAAAGACUUUGGCCUAUAUAAUGCCAGGAUUUAUUCAUCUUGACCUGCAGCCAGAGGAGAAAAGGGAUGGUCCUGGAAUGAUUGUGCUGACACCAACCAGAGAAUUGGCUCUACAAGUCGAGAGUGAAUGUAAAAAAUAUACCUAUAAAGGAAUUAAAAGCAUUUGUAUAUAUGGUGGUGGAGACAGAAGAGGUCAGAUUGAACAUGUUACUAAGGGUGUAGAUAUUGUCAUUGCUACCCCUGGUAGACUCAAUGACCUUCAAAUGAAUGAAUUCAUCAACCUGAAUAGCAUCACAUAUUUGGUUCUAAAUGAGGCUGAUAAAAUGUUAGAUAUGGGGUUUGAACCUCAAAUAAUGAAGAUUUUAUUAGAUGUAUGGCCAGAUAGACAAACUAUUAUGACCAGUGCUACUUGGCCUGAUGCUGUACGUCGAGUUUCACAAAAAUAUUUGAAUGAUCCAAUGAUUGUUUAUGUUGGAACCCUGGAUCUCGCUGCUGUGAAUAAUGUAAAGCAGAAAAUAAUCAUAACCACAGAACAAGAGAAACCUGCUCUUAUACAUUCCUUCGUUGAAUCAAUGAAGCCUGAAGAUAAAGUAAUUAUUUUUGUGGGCAGAAAACUUAGUGCUGAUGACAUAUCCAGUGACCUGAGCAUUAAGGGUUUACCUGUACAGUCAUUACAUGGUAAUCGAGAACAAAGUGAUCAUGAAUGAGCACUGGACGAGUUUAAAACAGUAAUAGUAAGAAUAUUGAUAACUACAGAUCUGGCAUCAUGAGGUCUUGAUGUCUUAGAUAUCACCCAUGUUUUUAACUUUGAUUUUCCUCGGAACCUUGAAGAGUAUGUCCACAGAGUAGAACAUACUGGAAGAGCUGGGCAUACAGGGGAAUCAAUUACUCUACUUACUAGGAAUGAUUGGAAAGUAGCUGGUGAAUUAAUCAAUAUUUUGGAGAGAGCCUACCACGAAAUUCCUAACGAGCUUAUAUUAAUGGCUGAACGAUAUAAACAACACAAGCAGAAAAAAGAUGAAGAAAGAAACAUAGCAAGAACUCGUGUAAGGACAAGAAACAUUUAUUGA